GCUAUAGUCCACAGCAUGUGCAGUGUACAGAACGUUAUAAUAAUUAAAGAGAACAGCCUUGAUAUAAAUGAGGCAAAACAUUGUAUCCAGCUACAGUACUCACAAGACGAAAUCUUCAGCAAAAAUAGAAAAUACAUGUAGUUACUAGAACAGUGGCAUGUACACAGGACUGCCAAUUUUAAAACAGGUUUUUCGUAACACAUAACUGUCUGUUGUAAACAAUAUUGUUAAGCAAAUUCAACAACCACUUUCAUUUGUAUUACCAGCGAUAAUUAUAAUAUAUACUGUAUCAACAAAGAUAUUGCAAAAGUGUAAAUCAUUAAUUUAUUUGUAAUCCAUUACAGUAAUUUAUAACUAACGACAACAAAAACAUACCCAUAGAGUAAUGAGUCAGAUGAAAUUUUAACACUGGAUCUUUUUUUAUUGUAAGCUACAUUUGCUAUAAUAUCAUUAUUUCUUGAAAGUAAGUAAUUAUUUUCGGAUCCAAAAUGCUACACUUUGCUGAUUAGUUUUUCCUGUUUACACAGAUCUGGAUUUAUGUAAGUGUAGGAUCCGCUAUAUUGCUUUAAUUUUGAAUGAUACAACUGUAUUAUACAUCUUGGCUUGUAUUAUGUAACAGAUGCUUUUAGCUUCACUACCUCAUCUUGUUUGGCAACCACUCAGAAAAUAUGUUCCAGUGGAGAAUUAAAGAGUCAUCCUAUGUUUCACAAGGGUCCCAAGUUGGAAGAAGUAACUUCCGUGAGAUCUGUUGUACAGUGUGUCCUUGGCACCCAACAAAAAUGAGUGGGUAUGUUGGAGAUUUAAGUCACAAACAAGAGGAGAGGUUAAACAAAUUUAAAGAGGACCUCAAAGAUGUCCUAGGACCAAAACAUGAUGAUCACUGCCUCCUUAGAUUUCUUCGAGCACGAAAUUUUGAUAUCCAUAAAAGUGAGGCAUUCUUUAGGAAGGAUUUGGAAUGGCGAGCCAGGCAAGGGAUUGACAAAAUACAAGAUACUUUUAAGUUGCCAGAGGUAUGCCAGAAAUAUUGGCCUGGUGGCUUGGCUGGUUAUGAUAAAGAUGGUGGGCCAGUUUGGAUUGAACCUACUGGCAAUGGUGAUCCCAAAGGUUUAUUGCAGUCUUGCAAAACUAGUGAUCUUUUAAAAUACAACAUUUGUAGAAUGGAGGGAUUUACCAAAGCUAUAAACGAACAAACACAGAAGCUAGGUAAGUCAAUUGCUGGUGUAACAUUAAUUAUGGAUAUGCACGGACUGGGGCGCCACCAUCUCUGGAAACCUGGCAUAGAUCUCUAUAAUCAAAUAAAUACAAUUUUACAGGACCACUAUCCAGAAACGCUGAAAGUAAUUCUAAUCAUCAGAGCCCCAAAAAUCUUCCCCCUUGCAUAUACUCUCUGCCGGCCGUAUUUGAACCCAGCCACACGCAGGAAAAUACAUAUACUAGGAAGUGAUUGGCGGCAGGUGUUAUUGAAAUAUGUAAGUGACGAUGUGUUGCCAGUUCAUUGGGGUGGUAAGGCUACAGACCCUGAUGGCAAUCCAAUGUGCCCAAGUAAGAUUUGCUUAGGGGGUGAGAUUCCCAAGUCUUACUACUUCCAGAAUGUGGAAAUCCCAGAAGAGAACAUGACAGUAAGAGAGAUAAAGAGAGGAUCCAUAUUGGAGUUUAAAUACAACGUUACCAAACCUGGCUGUUUUUUCAGGUAUGCAUUUAAGACAAAAGACCAUGACAUUGCUUUUGGAAUCAAGCGGUUUGACAGCAGUGGACAGAAAGUGAAAGUUUUAGAGACAACUCGAGUUAACAGUCAUUACGUACUACAAGAUGGCCAUGUAGAAUUAGAGACUACCGGUUAUUACACUGUCAAGUUUGAUAACAGUUUUAGUUGGACAAAAUCAAAAAGGCUAACUUAUAUGCUGGAGCUUCUGGAACCCAUUGAUGAUCUUGAAGAGGAACAUGUGAGCACUACAAACCUCAACGGCAAUGGGGUCAUUGAGAAUUCACAGAAAGGGAUUAAAGACAACAUUGAAAACAAUGAAGAUGAAACAAAGAUUAUUGCAAAUAACAAGGAAAAGGACGCCAGUGUAGAGGAAGGAGUAAAAGAUGAGGUUAUUAUCGACAAGGAGCAGAGUGUUGAUGAAAAAGUGAAAGAUAAGGAGAACGGGGAUAUGAAAGAGAGUAUCAAACAAGAAGUGAUUGAUGAAGCUACUGACAAGAGUUUGAAAGAAGAAGCUAAAGAUGAGAGUAGCGAAAAGAAGAAAGAAAUCAGUGUGGAGACUAGUGUCAAAGAACUGCCAAAUUUGACUAGUGAGACCAAAGAUCAAAAUGAGAAACAAAAAAUGAAUGUUGAGGCUAGUAUAGACAAAACCGAGAGUGUCACAGAAGGUGCUGAUGUUGAGACUCAGGAACAGGGUGUCAAAGUAGUGACUAAUGAGGCUAUUGUAGACAAAGAGGACGGUUUUGCAGAAGGUGAUGAUGGCGAGGAUCAGGAACAGGGUGUCAAAGUAGUGACCAAUGAGGCUAUUGUAGACAAAGAGGAGGGUACUGCAGGAGGUGCUGAUGUUGAGGAUCAGAAUCGUGGUGGCAGAGAAAUAACUGAUGUGGCUACUGCAGAAAAGGAUGAGAGUAUCGCAGACACUGCUGAUGUUGAAGAUCAGAAACAGAGUGUCGAAGUAGUGACUAAUGAGGCUAUUGUAGAGAAAGAGGAGGGUACUGCAGGAGCUGCUGAUGUUGAGAACCAGAAUCCAGGUGGCAAAGAAGUAAUUGAUGUAGCUACUGCAGAAAAGGAGGAGAGUAUCACAGACACUGCUGAUGUUGAGGAUCAGAAUCCUGGUGGCAGAGAAGUAACUGAUGUGGCUACUGAAGAAAAGGAUGAGAGUAUCGCAGACACUGCUGAUGUUGAGGAUCAGAAACAGAGUGUCAAAGUAGUGACUAAUGAGGCUAUUGUAGAGAAAGAGGAGGAUACUGCAGGAGGUGCUGAUGUUGAGAACCAGAAUCUAGGUGGCAAAGAAGUAAUUGAUGUAGCUACUGCAGAAAAGGAGGAGAGUAUCACAGACACUGCUGAUGUUGAGGAUCAGAAACAGGGUGUGAAAGAAGUAAAUGACAAUGCUAGUGAGGAAAGGAGAGAAAUGGAAGUUAUGACUAUUAAGUGCAAAGAGGAGAACAUAACUGAAAAAAGUAAUAAAAAUGAGGAUAUGAAAGAAAACUCAACUGAUGAGAUGGAUGAAAGUGCCGUGAAAGAAGUUAAUAAUGAAACUAUCAAAGACAAUGAAAAUGGUGUUAAAGUACAAGAAAGGAGUGAGGCUAGUGACACAAACAACGAGACAGUCAUAAUGGUAUAAAGUAGUCAGGAAGCAACAAUGAUAACGAUAAUAUGAUUAUUUGGGAAAAAUGACCAGGUGUAUUGAAAUGUGGACCGGUGCAAAAGAAAUAGUUAUGAUCUUUUUAUUUCUAAAGCAGUUUUCAAAUAGUUGUGAAAACAAAUCUGAAACUAAUAAAUUGUUUGACAAUUAUGGAAGUAUAAUGAAUUGUUAAUGUUAGGACAAGGUAAAUUGUGACAUUACAAGAAAUUUAGGGAAAAUUAAAAUACCCAUAGAUCAGACAGACAGUAAUGAUUUCAUGGUACAGUACAUGGAGCUUGGAUGGCAUUCCCUGGUAGACCUACAUAUAUCAUAUUUACAACAGUAUAUUAUUCCAUUUUGUAUAAUUAUGAUUUAAUUAUUCUUGUUUUAAAUGCUUGUCAGGAGGUGUGUAAAGAAGUGUGCUGCCACAUGUGUACAUGAGGUUAUAAUGUGAGUGUUAAAAAUUACACAUGGUCUUGAUAAAAUUUAAGGAAAACACAAGGCAACGACUAAAUGUUCAAAAGACAUUGAUUAGUUGUGGCCGAUCCAGUACCCACCUUUCGGGUUUCACCACUCAGUUCCUUCAUGUGAUGUGCU